AUGGACACUUUUACCGCCACCACUGGACACUACGAGAGUAACGCGUUUAACAUCACACUGAACUCAUCAUUUAGGUCUGAGGACGUCAAUACCUGA